AUGAGAGAAAACGCCACUUUGGACGAGGACGAGGAGGAAGCGGCGACGUCCCCGAGAGGAGGAGGAUUCGAAUCGUCGGGAGGAAAGAAACGAGAAGAUGAAGAGGAGAAGAGGAAGACGCGAACGACUCCGGAGGAGAAAGAAGCGCUGAGAGAUAUUCUAAAAGCGAUGGAGAGAAGUCUUCUGAUGGAAGGAGGAGGAGGAGGAGGAGGAGAACAACAACAACAACAACUGGUAGGGAAUGUGAAGAAGAGGAAAGAGCAUAAGUUUUGGAGCACGCAACCGGUGCCGCAGUUUGAAAUCGAGGAGGAGGGAGAAGACGAAGAAGUUGAAGAAGGAAGAAAAGGAGGAAAAGAGGACGCCGGUGCCAAAACCGCGGACGAGGGCGAGGACGACGAGGGCGACUUAGACGAUGGUGAUGGUCCAAUCGACGACCCGUCCAAGACGGCGGCGAACGUGAGGAAAGAAGGGUACGACUUACCGCCCGGGUACGAAUGGGACGAAGUGGACGUGGAUACGCAAGAAGGCAGAGACGAAGUGUUUACGUUGCUCGCGAACAAUUACGUGGAAGAUGACGACGAGAUGUUCCGGUUCGCGUACGCGCCGGAGUUUGUCUCGUGGGCGUUGCAGCCGCCCGGGUACGAAAAGAGUUGGCACGUAGGUAUUCGGAUUUCGUGCACGAAAACGUUGGUGGCGUUGAUUACGGGCAUUCCGGCGGAAGUGAGCGCGAACGGGAAGCGGUUGAAAGUCGCGGAGAUUAACUUUUUGUGCGUGCACAAGAAAUUGCGGAGGAAAAACUUUGCGCCGGUUUUGAUUAGGGAAGUGACGAGGAGGAUUAAUUUGAAAGACGUGUGGCAGGCGGCGUACACGGCUGGGGUGGUUUUACCAAAACCGUGCGCGAAAGCAAGGUAUUGGCACCGAUCGAUAAACGUGAAGAAGUUGGUGGAUAUAAGGUUCACGCAGUUAGGGAGAGGGAUGAGCAUGGCGGAAACGAUUGAACAUUACGCCAUGCCGAAGAAAAUUCGCGUGCAAGGAUUGAGGGAGAUGGAAGCGAAGGACGUGCCGACGGUGACGAGAUUGUUGAACUCGUAUUUUAGCAAAUUCAAGUUAGCGCCGGUGAAAAACGAGGAAGACGUGAGACACUGGUUAGUCCCGAGAGACGAGGUCGUGUAUAGCUACGUAAAAAUUGACGAGCGCACCAACGAAGCGACGGAUUUCUGCUCCUUCUACAACUUGAGCUCCACGGUCAUCCAAGCGUCUUCCGGCGGUAGCAACGCCAAGAGAAACAACGUCUUACUCAAAGCCGCGUACUGCUAUUACAACGUCGCCACUUCCGAAAACAUCGAAGAUCUCGUCCAAGACGCGUUAAUAUUAGCCCGAGACAACGGUUUUGACGUCUUCAACGCUCUGAAUGUCUCCGAAAACGCGCAGUUCUUAGAGACGCUUAAAUUUGGCAUCGGCGACGGCGAUUUGCACUAUUACUUGUACAACUGGAAGUUGAAAGAGACGUUAGCGCCGAAAGACGUCGCGUUAGUUUUGCUUUAG